AGGCACGGGAAAGUGUCCCCCGUCCCCAGGGGUAUAUAUACCUCGAUGAUGAUCACCUCGUUUGAACGGACAUCAAGCCCUUUGCUGCCCUAGUGCCGGCCAUACUCAGUUCUUUCUUUCUUUCUUAUUGUUUUAUAUCGUUCCAUCCCGAUUGACUCGUGAUCGACUUUCGCUAUUACCUUAUCGACCUUUUCCUGAUACCCUUUCGCUUCGUUGGCAUCAUGCGUUCCAGCAAGCUUCUUCUCCUCGCCGGUCUGGCGAACUAUGUUCUCGCUCUCCCCACCAAGGACACCAAGGAUCUAGACCCCCGCACUCUUGGUCUCGCCGUCGAGAUCCUGUCCGAAUUCGGCAAGGACCUGACGACCAUCGUUGAAGAUAUCCUCGGCGGUGGAAAAAGCUCAACAUCCGUCCUUGCUGGUAUCAGUGCCCGCGCCGCUGCCGCCCUCAACGGAGGUGCCUUGGGUUGCAAGGCCGGUGCGAUUGAUGCCGACAUCCGUGCCGAACUGGCCGCCUGGAUCCGCGCUCAUGCCGGAUUCGAGGCUUCUCUGAAGACCGAGCUCCUCGCCUGGUGUGAGGGUGAGGCUUCAGCAACUCUCUCGACCGAAGUGUGCGCCGGACUGUCCCUGUUCGUUCCUACUUGCGCUAAGACGGCUGCCGCGGGUGACCUUUACGUGACCAUUGACGGUAUCUUUGAUGUCACCACUCUUGAGGCCGGCGUGGUUCUCAGCUCUUCCUUCCAGUCUUCGCUGUCCGCAUUCAUCUCCGGCUCCGUCGGUCUCGAGCUGGAUGCCAACCUCCGCGCUGGUCUCUCUCUUUGCGCUGGUGGUGGUGUUCAUGCUGAUCUCCACGCCGAUCUUGCCGCCGCCUUGAAGGUCUGGCUCAAUGGCUCGUCCUGCUCCCUGAGCGCCGAGCUCAAGGUUGCCAUCUUGGCCUGGUUGGAGGGCAAGAUUGAGACUGGUGUCGUUGCCAUCGGUUCCAUUCCCACUGGCGGUGUUACUGCCGUCUCCGUUGGCGCCGCCAUCAGCGCCUGGAUUGAAGGCGAGGGUGCUCUUACUGCGACUGCCCAAGCUUACAUCUCUGCCUUCCUUGAGUCCAGUGUCUCUGCUGACAUUGAGGCUGAUGUUCAGGUCGUCCUCGAGGCCUGUAUUGCCGGCAAGCUCGCCACCUCCGUUUCCGCCGAUGCCCGUGCGGCCUUGGCCGUCUGGUUGUCCGGUUCCAGCUGCAGCCUGGGAGCCGAACUCAAGGCCGCUCUCUACCUCUGGCUCUCCUUCUCUGUCACUGAAGUCAGCAUUGACAUCUCCACCAGCCUCAUCACUGAGCUCGAGGCCUUCCUUACCGGCACUAUCGAGGCAUCCCUCGGAUCCAGCCUUCGUGGUACCCUCUGGCUCCUCCUUUCCGGCGAGAGCAUCGUCUAUCUUUCCGUCGAGGCCCGUGCCGAGUUGGCCGCCGUCCUCGGUGGUGCUGUUGACAUCGAGAUCAGCAGCAGCUUCAACCUCCUCAUUAUCGAAUGGCUCACCGGCUGCAGCAUUCCGGGUGCCCCCACUAUCACUCCUGGCUCCGGUUCGACCACGAAGCUCAUUUCCAGCCCAUCCACUGCCCCCAUCGCCGCCUCCACCGCUCCCGCCACCCCCACUGGCGCUUCUCCUGUCGGUGGCUCUGGCUCUCCUUCUCCUUCUGGCACCGGCCCUAGCGGUGUCAGCCCUACCGAUGUCACCGGUGGUCACGGCUCCGGCUCCGGCACCGUUGGCGGCUCUGGCUCUGCUUCUGCCUCUGGCUCUGUCUCUGGCCACGGCUCAGGCUCCGGUUCCAUCGGUGGUUCCGGCUCUGGCACUGUUGGCGGCUCCGGCUCUGCUUCUGCCUCUGGCUCCUCUCUGGCCACGGCUCUGGCUCUGGCUCCGGCUCUAUUGGUGGUUCGGGCUCUGGCACUGUCGGUGGCUCUGGCUCUGCAUCUGCUUCCGGCUCUGUAUCUGGCCACGGCUCUGGCUCCGGCUCCGGCUCCGGCAUCAGCGGCGGCUCUUCUCCUUCCGGCACUGGCCCCAGCGGUGUCAGCCCUACCGACAUCACCGGCUCUGGCUCUCCUAAGGGUCCCACCCCGUCUAGCACCCCUGUCACUCCUGGUGGCUCCUCUCCUACCGGUGGUGUGAUUGGCGGCGGCUCUGGCCACGGCUCCGGAUCUGGCUCUGGCUCUGGCUCUGGCUCUGGCUCUGGCUCUGGCUCUGG